AUGGACAUGGACUUGCCUGACUCAUCUGUGAGGGCAAGAGACGACUGCUCAUUGGAGUUGCCCAAGACCUUCCAGAUCGACCGCAUUCCACCUGGCAACGAGAAUCACUGCGUACACCAAAUUUCAACUCUCCAAGACCCCAGUGCGAUGUUGCGUCGGCGUGAAGCAAGGGCCCCCAUUGUCAACGCUUCUAAUCAACGCAGUCAAGCUCACAUCGUCUUCCGCUGCUGGGUCGACUGGCUGCCGGGACUCGGGGCGUACGAGUCGUCCGGCCUGCCGGCACCCGCACGCAGGGGCCGGCCGUACUUUUAUAACGCCCGUCUCAGGGGCCGGCCGUACUUUUAUAACGCCCGUCUCAGGUGGGUGGAUGGGUGGGUGGGCGACGUGGGUGUGGGUGUGGUGCGGCUGGGGCAUCAACCUGUGCGCCCCAGUGGCACCGAGCGGGCGUUGCUGAUGAUGGGCCCGGCUGAGGUGGGUGCGGAUGGGCUUGGGGUUUUGGUGCAUGGGGUGUGGCUAGCGGCGGCGGCGGCGGCGGCGGCGGCAUAUAGCCGCAACUAUCAACUGCUGUAA